AUGAAUGCGUUCGAAUUCAGGAGACAAGCGAACGAGAUUUACAUCGAGUUUCCUGAUCUACGGGGUGAACAAGAAACCUACUUCAUUGCCUUUGAGUUACUGUACGAAGAGCUUCGUGUUUCGAUUUGUGCCGCUUUGGACAGCCAUCGUGCACAGCAAGCUACUAUACCACCAAAGCUAGCUGUUCCCGAAGCAGGAGGACAGGCACAGCAGUUGGUCGUCAAUCAACCACUCGGGUUGCCGCAUGUCCCACUUCCAUCCUUUGAUGGAACGUAUGAAAAGUGGUUUCGUUUCAAACAGCUGUUCCAAGAUUUAAUGCAAAAAUAUCCCUAUCUGUCAGACGCAACCAAGCUACACUAUCUGACGCAAACACUGAAAGGAAAGGCAGAAAGUGUUCUCAGCGAGCAAAUUUUAAACGAGAACAACUUCCAAGCAGCAUGGAAUUUAUUGGAAGAGAGAUAUGAAAACAAAAGAACGAUCAUCGAUAUUCAUGUAGGAGGUCUUCUCAAUCUGAGAAAAAUGAGCAGAGAAACUUCUUCGGAUCUCAGACAGCUUGUUGAGGAAUGCGCAGUGACCAUCCGAGCCAAAGUUUUUAUUCAGGAACUAUGGGCCAAUAAUGUAAACUGGGACGAACAUUUGACAGAAGAGCAGGAGACAAGAUGGCGACAGUUUAAAGAUGAAUUGCAGAACAUUAACGAAGUGAGGAUCUCACGGCGUUCUAUCGGUGACAAAUCAGUGGCAUUCGAAAUACAUGGAUUUUCAGACGCGAGCAAAAGGGCGUACGGAGCAUGUGUGUAUUUGCGUAGCCUUAAGGCAGACAAUACGAGUGAAAUGCAUCUUCUCAGUAGUAAAACUCGUGUAGCUCCGUUACCAAAGAAACCAGGAAGUAAGCGUGGCAGUAAACCUUUUACGAUCCCAAGAGCCGAACUUUGCGGUGCUUUGCUUUUGGCGAAACUUGUCACUACGGUGAUUGAGUCCAUGAAACUACACCUUAAUGCGGUAACCCUUUGGUGUGAUUCACAAAUUGUUCUUUGCUGGCUCAACAAAUCUCCAGCUAACCUUGAAGUUUUCGUGGGUAACAAGGUUCGUGAAAUAAAUCAGUUAACGGCACAUUACAAAUGGCAAUAUAUCAAUUCAAAGGAAAACCCAGCAGAUCUUGCUUCGCGUGGGGUUAAUGCAUUGGAACUAAUGAAAUCUGCAUUGUGGUGGCAUGGUCCGUCCACGAUACAGAACACUAGUGACAUCAAUAGUCAGUCUGAGUUAGUCCACACUAGUGUAGAAGAGCUACGAGAUUCAGUGCACGCCAACGUAUCGUUGCAGGAUUGCCCUAAUGAAUUACUAACUAGAUACAGCAACUUCAGAAAGCUCCAGCGGGUGUUCGCCUACGCCAUCAGAUUUAUAAACAACUCUCGUGCGAAAGACAAGACUCAGCGAGUUUUGGGAUCGUUGACAGUAGCCGAGUUGCGACAAGCUACGCAAAAUAUUAUCGCCCAAACACAGAAGGAAGGUUUCAGUGAUGAGUUAAAAUUGUUAAGGCGUGGUAGAGCAAAAAUGCUUCUACCGUUGACUCCGUUCAUCGAUCAACACGGCAUGCUACGUGUCGGCGGUCGUCUAAGACAUGCUAGGAUUCCGUUCGGUAAAAAACAUCAGUUACUGUUACCACGAAGUCAUCAUGUAACAAAGAUUUUGAUAAUGUCCCUUCACAAGGAGCAUCUACAUGUUGGGCCACAAGCCUUGCUGUCGAUAGUACGCCAAAGGUACUGGCCCGUUAGAGCAAAAAGUGUUAUACGCCAAGUCAUUAAGAAAUGUGUCCAAUGUUUUCGAAUGCAUCCUCCUGAGGUCGUUCAAUUUAUGGGUGAGUUACCCGCCUUCCGAGUCAACCCUUCGCUACCUUUUUCGACAACGGGGGUUGACUAUGCGGGGCCCUUUUUCAUUCGUCAAGGUGUCCGACAUAUGGCAAAGGUGAAAGCUUACGUGGCUCUAUUUAUAUGUAUGAGUACAAAAGCAGUACAUCUCGAAUUGGUGUCCGACUUAACCAGCGAGGCAUUUUUGGCAGCCCUUCAAAGAUUUGUUGGUCGUCGUGGUUGCCCAGAACAAAUACUAUCUGACAACGCAACUAAUUUCCGAGGAGCCCAAUCGCAGCUACAUGAGCUGUACUUGUUGUUCUCGUCUCAACAAGCAAAUGAUGCGAUCAACCAUUUCUGCACUGCACGGGAAAUUCAGUGGUCGUUCAUACCGCCGCGAUCGCCAAACUUCGGAGGCAUUUGGGAGGCCGGAGUGAAGGCAGCAAAGUCUCAUCUAAAAAUCAUUCUGCGAGAUGCAUCUUUGAAAUACGAAGAAAUGAAUACGGUAUUAGUGCAAAUAGACGCUGUCUUGAACUCGAGACCGCUAACACAGUUGUCUGCGGAUGUCAAUGAUCUUUCGGCUCUAACCCCGGGUCACUUUUUAGUAGGACGUGAAUUAGUUGCAGUUCCUGACCCGAAUUUCAAGGAGAUACGUUUGUCGUCACUGUCGAGGUGGCAGCAUUUGCAGAAACUAAAACAUGAUUUCUGGAUUAGAUGGUCGUCUGAGUAUCUCCACGAAUUACAGCCAAGGAGUAAAUGGUACAAAAAUAAGUUGAUCUUACAACCAGGAAUGUUAAUAGUUCUCAAGGAGGAUAAUGUUGCUCCGCAACAGUGGCGUAUGGGGAGCAUAAAGGAGGUAUGUCCCGGUAUCGACGGAUUGGUACGCGCAGUGAAGGUAAAAACAUCGACCGGAGAAGUAUGCCGAGGAGUGAGCAAGAUUUCUGUCUUGCCGAUUGAGGAUAACGAAGUACCAGAAAAUGAAUGA